GUAUGAAACAGUUUUAAACGGGACAGCUUAAAGAAAACACACGAUUUUAUGGGAAGGUGAAGAAAAAAUAGAAAAAAAGAUUAACAAAAAAUAUAAUAAAAAAUAAAAAGAAUUAAAAAAAAAAUAGAAAAAAGAAUAUAAUUUAUUUGAUAGAAAUUUAAAAGAAAUAUGGAAAGAAAAUUUUAAGAAAAUAUAUAUUAAAGAAGUGAAAUUAUUAGUUAUUCUAAUGACCCAAAUUACUGUUUUAAAACGUGUUGCAAUAGCUGGUUUAUUUUCACCUGAAACAAAAAAAAUAUUAAAUUUCAAAUCCUCUAUUAAACACAAAAGUAAAUUUAACGAAAAAAAUUGAAAGAAAAUUACAACUUGUAACGCGUGUGUAUUUACAGCAUUUUGCAAUUGUUUUUUGGUUCGCUGCAUUUUUGCCACAAAAAAUAAAUAUUUAACAAAAAAAAAAAAAAAAAAAAACGCAACAACUUUAUAAAUCUAAAUAUCCAGUCAUAGUCAUCACACUCAGCUGGUUGAUUGACAACUUGCAGCAGAAAAUUUCAUAAAAAUUAUUAAAGAAAAACAAGAAAAAAAUGCUACAUUAAACAAAUUACAAAACGUGUGCAAUAUUAACUAACUAAUUAUUAUAACUAACUGUCAUUGUUUACUUUUCUUAAGAAAGAAAAACAUAAAUAAACAAUCAAUCCUGUUUUAAAAAUAUUAUUGCUGUUUACAACUGUUGCUGCUGUUUUGCUAUUGCUGUUGGUUUCUUUAAAGAAAUGUGUCAAUUAUUUUAAGAGCAAGAGCAAUUGUUUGAAUAAUUCUCUCUGUGAGAUUAUUUUCUACAAUGAUCAAACGUAAAAAGCUGUAAAAGCUCUGCAGAAAACGAACUUUAAUUCCCUACAAAAACAAUAAAAUAACGAAAUCCUGAAAAAACACCCCGAAUAGUCUUCCCAAACGAAAACAACAACAACAACUAACAUGGUGCUAAAUCUACUCUUUAUAACGACUGUGAUAAAAUCCACAUUUGGUGUGGUAACCACGGGUCUCUGGCUAAUACCCCUAAUACUGGCCGCCAUUACCUAUUACAAAUACGAUAAUGUUGAUCCAGAAUCAAGAGUAUUCGAUCAAACGAACAUAUACAAAGAAUAUGAUUUUAUAGUGGUGGGUGCUGGUUCUGCAGGAGCAGUGGUGGCCAAUCGUUUAAGUGAAGUGUACAAAUGGAAGGUUUUACUUAUAGAAGCUGGACCGGAUGAAAAUGAAAUAUCAGAUGUACCCUCUUUGGCAGCCUAUUUGCAAUUAAGUAAAUUAGAUUGGCAGUAUAAAACAGAACCUUCGAAUAAAGCCUGUUUGGGCAUGAAAAAUAAUCGCUGCAAUUGGCCACGUGGCAAAGUUUUGGGUGGUUCCAGUGUCUUAAACUAUAUGCUGUAUGUAAGAGGCAAUCGUCAUGACUAUGAUCACUGGGAGUCAUUGGGUAAUCCCGGCUGGGGUUAUGAUAGCAUUUUAAAGUAUUUUAAGAAAUCCGAAGAUAAUCGCAAUCCCUAUUUGAAUAAGAAUCCCUAUCAUGGCAAAGGUGGCCUAUUAACUGUGCAGGAAUCUCCUUGGCAUUCACCUUUAGUGGCGGCUUUUGUAGAGGCUGGUACUGAGAUAGGUUAUGAAAAUCGUGAUAUUAAUGGUGAAAUACAAACGGGUUUUAUGAUUGCCCAGGGUACCAUACGUAGAGGUUCACGCUGUAGUACCGCUAAGGCGUUUUUAAGACCCAUACGAAAUCGUCCCAAUUUUCAUUUAUCCAUGAAUUCCCAAGUUACCAAGCUAAUAAUAGAACCCGGCACUAUGAGAGCCAAGGGAGUAGAAUUUGUUAAGAAUGGUCAAGUUAUGAAAGUGUAUGCCAAAAGAGAAAUCAUUUUAUCAGCUGGUGCUAUUAAUACCCCUCAAAUAAUGAUGUUAUCGGGCAUAGGACCACGUUCCCAUUUGGAACAACAUGGCAUAAAGGUUUUACAAGAUUUACCGGUGGGAGAAAAUCUACAAGAUCAUGUGGGUAUGGGCGGCUUGUCGUUUCUGGUGGAUAAACCUGUUUCUAUAGUACAGGAUCGUUUUAAUCCCACCGCUGUUACAUUCCAAUAUGUCUUAAGAGAACGAGGACCUAUGACUACCUUAGGCGGUGUAGAGGGUUUAGCUUUUGUGCACACACCCUAUUCUAAUAGAUCUAUAGAUUGGCCUGAUAUACAAUUUCAUAUGGCUCCAGCCUCUAUUAAUUCGGAUAAUGGAGCUCGUGUUAAAAAGGUUUUAGGUUUAAAGGAAUCUGUUUAUCAAGAAGUCUAUCAACCUAUAGCUAAUAAGGACACCUGGACUAUAAUGCCUUUACUGUUAAGACCCCGUUCUAGAGGCUGGGUUAAGCUAAGAUCAGCUAAUCCUUUUGAGUACCCCAAAAUCAAUGCCAAUUACUUUGAUGAUCCCUUUGAUGCCAAGACCUUGGUGGAGGGUGCAAAAAUUGCUUUACGUGUAGCCGAAGCCAAGGUUUUCAAACAGUUUGGUUCUCGUUUAUGGCAAAAAUCCUUACCCAAUUGUAAGAAAUUUAAAUUUUUAUCGGAUGAAUAUUUAGAUUGUCAUGCCCGCACUAUAUCCAUGACUAUAUAUCAUCCCUGUGGUACAGCCAAAAUGGGUCCAGCCUGGGAUUCUGAAGCCGUAGUAGAUCCUAGAUUAAGAGUUUAUGGUGUUAGAGGUUUAAGAGUUAUAGAUGCCAGCAUAAUGCCCACCAUUAGUAGUGGCAACACUAAUGCCCCUGUCAUAAUGAUAGCUGAAAAGGGUGCCGAUCUAAUCAAAGAAGAUUGGUUCCAUAAUCCCGAAUAUAAAAUAGUGAAUAAAAGUUAGCGUAGCUUAAUAAUUUAGAAAUCAAUUAAACUAUGUUUUUAAUUUUUUUUUUAGAAUAGAGUUCGCCAGACCUCGAAAACAUUUGAUUACUGUCAUUAACCAAAGGUUGUCCACUUGUUAUUUAUUAUUAUUAUAUAUUGUCAUUGUUGUUAAAACAUUUUUCACAUUCAGGGGGCAUUAGCUUUAGAAAAACAACAACAAAUAAACGAGUAAAUAACUCAGAGUUGCCAUUGUGUCAUAAAUACGUUUUUCUUUUAUUUAAAAAGUUAGUUUUUUUAAAUUAUUUUUACUUAUUAUUAUAGUAAUAGUUAUCGCUUAGUCACUUUGUUUAUUCGCUUAUUUUCCAGUUUUACGAGCCACUUAUGACGUUUUAUUUUUAUUAUUAUUUUUUAUUUAUAUUUAAGUAGCGAAUUAUGUAUGAAAAUGUGUUAAUUUUAAUUGCAAUUA